AUGGCGGAUUCGACGAGAGUAAGCGAAAAGGAAAUUGAGAGAAGAGAAUCGUAUAUUCGAGCUGGAAAUCGUGAAAGAAAAUUGAUUGAUCCAUUCACAUGGGCUUAUCCAUGGAAGGUAAAUUGAGUUCGGAUAACUUGGAAAUAUUAUUGAUUUUUCAGGGAGCCGCUGUAACUUUUGGAAUUUCUUUGGUAGGAGCACUUUUGCACAAUAGAUGGAAUAAAAAACCAUAUUAUUUUGGUGAGUUUUUUGAAAAUCUAUAAUUUAUUGAUUUUUAAAAGUUGAUUCAAAAAUUCAAUGACAUGGGAACUGAAAUUUAUGUUUUCUAGUAGUUUUUGACCUAAAAUUGCAAAACUUAACUCUUAACAUGAAUUAUGACGUGGAAAAGUUGGAACAUUUCGACAUUGCGAGGUGAAAACUCGCUUUUAAGAUGAUUUUCAUGAAAAUCUGAUAGCAAUAACAUAAGUACAGUAGGAUUUUCUUAAAUUCGAAAGAUUUUCAAAAAAGUUCGGAAUGUGUAACCUGAAUCAACUUUUUUCACUGAAAAAAAAUGAAGUUGCAGAUUUUUUUCCGAAUUUUUUUGAAAAAUGGCUUUAUGUUAUCGAGUUUCCUGAACAAACCUAUGCUAUCAGAUUUUCAUGAAAACCAUCUUAAAAGCGAGUUUUGACAUCCCAAUAUCGCAAUUUUCCAACUUUGCCACGACAUAACUCAUGUUAAGAGUUGAGCUUUGCAAUUUUAGGUCGCAAACUACUAGAAAACUAAAUGACAUUGACUAAAUGAAAUUUCCAUGUUUUUUAAGCAAGUAAGUUAAAAUAUUGGGUUCUAAUGUUAUUCAUAUGAUAGAAUGGUCUAAGACGAACAGAAUGAUAUAAAUUUUGAUGACUUUACCUUAUCCAUAAGUGAUUUAGCGACUUCUAGUCGUUAAGAUCGUCUAAGCGCCCCCAAAUCACUUAUGUAUAAGGUAAAGUCAUCAAAAUUUAUAUAAUUCUGUUCGUCUUGAACCAUCCUAUCAUAUGAAUAACAUUAGAACCCAAUAUUUCAACUCAUUUGCUUAAAAAACCUGGAAAUGUCAAAAAAAUCUUCUCAAAAAAUUCCUCUAACUCCAUACUCCAUAUGUUUGCAGCCAUCAUCCCGAGAUCAAUUUUGGUUGCCGCAGUAACUGGUUUGGGUUAUGCAGCUGGUGCCCUCCGCGAGAGACAUUAUCAAACGAGAGACGCAGUCAUUGAACAUUACAUGCAAUUGCAUCCACAAGAUUUUGAUCAUUUCAAUGACCGUAUGUUCUUUUAUUGAUUGAUUUUUUCUCAGUUUUCUGUUUUCAACUCCCUUUUUUCAGGAAAUGGUCGUCCAUUCUCUCAAGUCCUCUUACCAUGGUAUCCUCGCCGCACACAAUAUACAAAAUAUGACUAA